GCGAGGAGUAGCCGGAGAGAGGUCCGAGGAAUGACCGAGAUGUGUGCAAUGGAGCCUUUUCGCCCGGUGUCUUUCUUGGGGUGGUUCGAACCAUUCGGAGCCUCUUUGGAGCGGAAGGGGGAGCACCACAACAAAAGCACUGCAGGACGAUCGGAUCGAAAUUCGAGCGGCAGUCGAUGUCCGCCUCUCUGUGAUUGGUUUUCAACCCCGUCCAUUGGAGGUGGGGGAAGGAGAUCGACUAGCCUUGGUGAUGGGAUUGUCGGCGAGAUAGCAGGGGGGGGAGGGGGAGGAGGAGGAGGAGGAGGAGGAGGAGGAGGAGGCGUGUCUCGCCGAAUGUCAAUUUGCGGAACGGGGAAUCGGGCGGAAAGUGGAGGUGGGCAAUGGGGAGGUUCAGGAGCUGACAGCGGGUUUUACUACUCUCUAUCAGAGGGAAUGGAGAUGGUAGGGAUCGAGGGGGAUGGAGAUAGAGAGGAGGAAGUGAUGUGGGGACGGAGGAGGAAGGCGAGGAGCAGCAGGGGAACCGGAUCGGGAUAUGGAUAUGAAGGGCACGAUGAGGAGCUAUUCAUUAGUGGGAGGAGCGUUAUUUGGAGCGCGGGAAAUCGCAUUCGAAAGCGGUUCAGAACGUCUUCUGCCGUCUUGCAAGCAGAGUGGUGUCAUGUUGGCGAGGGUUCGAGACCAUGCUUGUGCCUCCUCCAUGUCGACUCGCUGACAACGUACAGCCAUUUUGGCUCAUCGCACGCGCUGCCCCUCCCCUGCGCUCCGCGCGCGUUGUGGGCCAUUCCCGAAGGGCUCUUGUUGCAGUGUGCGCCGGCGCCUGUGCUGCAGCAAACCUCCCUGAUGCCUUACGGUUCGGGAGGGAGGCCGCGGUCGACUACCAUCCCUUUCAGUCGGGAUCGGGAUCAAAUCACUCCGCCGUCGUCCUCGUCAGCUGGGGGAGCGGGGGGCAGGGAGAGAGUGCAACAACAGCAUCUGCACCGGAAGCAGAGCCUGGGCGGUGCGGGAACACCCUUCUUGGAGACCUUGGGGGGAGGGGCAGGUCUGGGUAAUGUUGCCGGAGGUGGAGGAGGGGGGAGCGGUAUGGCGAUGUUGACAGAGAAGUCGCCCGUGCUUUACUCCCUCAUCCACCCUCUUGAGGAGUUUCAGCCGGUUCUGAUGGCCGACGGUAACUGUCCGGAAGUGUGGGUGGGGCAAGGAGACGUGCUUUCAGAUCCCGACGAUUGUGUUGUCUGGACCUCCAGAUGGCUACCGCUUAUUAUCACCUACCACUUGGGAUACCGACGGCACAGCAUUUGGCGUUUGCGUUCAUUCAAGGACGAUUUACGCGGGGGUAUGGGCAUGUCAUUGUCCUCACCUUUCUCGAUGGAAAGUACACAUGGGAGGCGUGGGGGCCAGGUCGGAGAAGGACUGGGAGGACGAGGAGGAGGCGGCGGCGGCGCAUGGGAAACUAACUCCGCCAGGCUGAGCGAUCUUGACGCCCCCACGUGUAUGGCGAUCCAGCAUUUAUGGUGCGAUGGUGGGGAGGUGGCGCGGGGGUCGCAAUUUAUGGCGGCAACUGAUGAGUCUGGUGCUAUUCUGCUUUGCUUCCUGAUUGCCGAGCAGCGAUUGCUGCGCGCCGUUCGAGUAACCAUGGAGGAGGAUAACGACGAUGAGAGUGAUGACAACGAUAGGGCGGCGAGUGGUGGUGGAGGAGUUUCUCAAUCGGACGGGCACUGCGUUCGUCAUGGAAGGAAAGAGGGCAAAGACCACAUCGAUCGAGCGAGCCUGGCCUUCUCUCUGCCAGCUAUGGCUGCGACGCCUGUUAUCAGUUCUCGAACCACACCCACAUCUCGCGGCCUCAGGCAGUACGAUCUAUUGGUCCUUGGAGUGGACGGGAAGUUGAGAUUGCAUGUAGGAGAACAUCCAAUUUGUAUUCUCUAUAUGCCGGACUCGCUCGGCUUGGCAUCAGAUAUCAGCAGGGGAGGAGAAGUAGGUGAAGGGGGUGAAGAGCGCACCACUUCGAAGAUCAAGACCGAUGAACGAAUGGUCGAUGGCAUCGGUGGUGUAGGUUCGUUUGCUUUUGCGGAACCUGAAGCUCAAUCACCCACCGCAGUGGUGGGAGGAGGAGGAGGAGUAGGAGGUGACGGAGCGUUUGCCUCUCCGCCCGACCUCGCGGCUUGGGAUUUGCCUCCGUCUGGUGGUGCAGCGGCAAUUGUUGGGAUCCGGGAUGCAGUGGAGGACAGAGUUAAUCUGGUGCUUUCCGACGGAUCCGUCUGCCGGUGUUCAGUGAGCAUUGCUCCCUCCUCGACGCUGGUGUCGACCUCGAUGGCUGCGUUGUCCGUGUGCUUGGAGAGGACGGUGUAUCGAACCCUGGUGCGCGCAUUCGUAGCUCGUAUGGUGGCGAUCGGAGGAAGGGAUCUUCUGGGAGAACGUCGACGAGUAUCACAUGAAGGCCCCGAGUGUGCGGAGAGAGACGGCCGCUCUGGAAGUGACGUGUCAGAUAGCGAAUGGCUAGCCUUUUCGGAGAUGAUAGAGAGUUGCUGCUUGAAGUACCGGGGAGGGGGUGAAGACGGCGAAGUGGAUUGUAAACAGAGCGGCAAUGGGAAGGGGGGAGGUUGUGGUGGUGGUGGUGGAGGGGGAGAGGGAGUGGAACGAAGCGCUUGGGAGUUUCUAUGCCACAGCGAGAUGCACGCUCGAGUGAGGGCGCGUUGCCUCUUGUCUGCCUUCUCAUUGCCUAACGAUAGUAGAAUAAACAAAGAGCGAAGCUGCACUGUCGUGGAGUGCGAGAGAGAGCAGUUGAGCGCGCGAGAGAAGGAGCGAAGCCGCACUGUCGUCGGCGCCGCUGCCUAUGGUGGAGAGGUGCGGUCUUCUUCUUCUGAGGGGUUGCCGCCCCCGUGUAACUUGGGGGGAUUAGUAGAUCGCGAGUGUCUUAGAGAGAUUUUACUGAUCCUGCACGCGGUAUAUGAAGACUUCAAGCUGGACACUUUGAAAUGGUCGGUGUUGCACCGUCUUGCGGCUCUCUUGGCAAAGGUCGCCCUAGCUCUGGACGAGACGGAUCAUGUGGACCAUUACGCGCGUGACUUUCCAGCUGUGGUUAUGCCCGUGUUAGAGAGUGCAUUUGGGAGCGAUAGGUGGGUAAGGGAAGCCGGACGGCCACCGUCGCCUUCGUCGACGCCACAGAGGAGCUUGUCUUCAUCAUCGGCAGCAGUAUCCCCUCCUCCACAGCCGCCGUCUCUAGGGUCGCCCGCGCUCCCCAGGGCCCCAACAGACAUCCUUCGCCUGGUGCUGGCUAGGAUGCCCCAGAGGAAGGACAGGUUCCUGUGUACUCCGUCUCUGACGGCGGCAUUGGCGCCGGCAUCCAGCGGCCGGAAGGCGGCUGGAAAGGAAACGGGAAUGAACGCGUGGGCUUGGCGAUUACCGCAGAAGUUGUUGGGAAACGGGUGGAUAGACUGCUUGGCGUGGUCGAGAAAGGUGAUGGCUUUCUACUCAAUCUUGGCCGGAAAUCACCCACCUGCUUCGGAUAUGAACGGAUCGUCGUCCAGGCUGCAGAUCAAGGUCGCAGCAGGGACGGCCGAGAAUGCCGCCCAGCGGAUGGUGCUGGCGAUGGUGGGGGAGAGAUUUCGGCUGGCGGAUCUUGAUCGGUUGCCGUUCGGCGUAGCGCUUCCGCUGAGGCACGCGCUUCAGACGUGCAGAGAGGCGCCACCGGCGGAUUGGCCGGCAUGGGGGUACGUGCUGGUGGGGAGGGAGGACUUGGCGUCUGGAUUUCGACAGACGAAGGUGGGAGGUGGUCGCGUGGGAGAAGGGGAGAUGAUGGAGGGAGGAAGCACGAGGAAGAAAGGUGGGCGCAGCAGCCACUUGAAGGCGGUGGCGGGAGCGGAGGAGGAGAACUGGACGGCAGCCAUGGAUACGGUAGCGUUGGAAGAGGUGUCAUCGGCAGCGCCAUACGCGCUCCACCUGCGGCCGGUGCUAACGGGUGCUAGGUCUGGGUGCGGCGCAGACGAGGACGUGGGAUCGGCGGGGGGCCAGUUCGGCGGAGGUGGGGUGCCAGCGGCUGGGUUAGGAGGUUCUGUUCUGCUGCGGGGUGGCGUCGACGGCGCUGGAGUGGGAGCGUUGGGAGCAACGGCCGCGGGGAGAGGGGGAAUUGGUGGAGCGGGUUCGAGUAAGGACGGAAAGGGAGGCGAUGGGAUGGAAAACAUGUGCGGAGAUGGGGGAUCGAACCUUCGCUUCGGGCGAGAUCUGCGCCUGAAUGAAGUGCGCCGCUUGCUGGCUUCUUCCAGCCCUGUCACUCUGCGAAUGCCUGCCAGCCCUGACGUCAGUGAUCCUGAGGUCAUGGUUCAGCAGCAGACACUCCUCUGGCAUAUUGCGCAGAGGACGACGGCGCUGCCGAUCGGUAGAGGAGCGUUCACGCUCGGAACUUCCCACCCUUUGCUGACGGAAGCGGUCCCCAUCCCGCCUCUGGUUCUGUCGGGACGGCUGCCCACUCAAUACAACGCUACUGUGAAUCUGGACACCAUGCUGUCCGGAAACAUGUCAGAUCUGACAUCGUGGCCGGAGUUCCACAACGGGGUGUCGGCGGGUCUACGGCUGGCACCCGGGCAGGCGAAGAUUACUCGCACCUGGAUCGUCUACAACAAGCCGGAGGAGGCGAGCUUCUCUCAUGCCGGUCUGUUGAUGGCACUGGGUUUGCAGAGACACCUCGGGGUGCUGGCUGCCACGGAUGUGUACAGGUACCUGGCUCAAGAAGAUGACGCCACCACGGUUGGAGUGCUGCUCGGCAUGGCGGCGGCCAGGUGCGGAAGCAUGGACGUUGCCAUCUCACGAAUGCUCUAUCUCCACAUUCCUGCGAGACAUCCGCCUUCGUUUCCGGAGCUGGAGCUGUCAACUCUGGUGCAAUCCGCGGCGCUAAUGGCUGUCGGGCUUCUUUAUCAGGGUUCAGCGCAUCGGCUGACGACGGAGAUUUUGCUAGCGGAGAUCGGGAGGAAGCCGGGCCUGGACAAUGCUCUCGACCGGGAAGGGUAUGCAUUGGCCGCGGGGCUGGCCCUAGGAUUGGUGACUCUGGGAAGAGGGAGGGAUGCCGUGGGUCUGGCCGAUCUUCAGAUCGAGGAUCGGCUCGGUCAUUAUCUUUGUGGUGGAUCGGAGCCGUACAACGAUCGCCAGCGACGCACGUCUCGAGUAGGAGGAUCGGCGGUAAUGGGAAGACAGCAGCAGGACGAGGCGUCGCAGGGAGGUCAGGUUAUGGAAGGCACCAUGGUGAAUCUAGACGUGACGGCGCCCGGUGCCACGUUGGCGCUGGCUUUGAUGUUCCUGAAGACAAACUGUGAGGCCGUGGCUGCCAGGCUGUCCAUCCCUGACACUCAUUUCGCUCUCGAGUACGUCCGACCAGAUUUCAUCUUGUUGCGUCUGGUCGCAAGGAGCCUCAUCAUGUGGGACAGCAUUCGGCCCACCGAGGAGUGGGUUCAGUCCCAGCUCCCGGCGAUCGUUUCCUCGGCGAUGAGGCAGCGAGUUGCGUUCGGGCAUUCCUUUGGCGUGGGGAUUGGAACGCGAGCUGUUACUAGUUCCUCGGGGGAAGGUGGUGGUGUGGCGGGAGUAACAAUUGCUGCAGGAGCAGCAACGGACGCCGGCGAAUUGAUGGGAGGAGGAGGAGGAGGAGGGGGUCUUGGGUGUGGCGAUGUCGACAUGGAAGCCCUUGUACAAGCACAUAUCAACAUUUUGGCGGGGGCGUGUAUGGCCAUCGGCUUGCGCUUCGCCGGGACGGCGCACUCCGGUGCUCAGGAGCUUCUCUACCGCUACGCUGUUUACUUCAUGCACGAAAAGCGCCAGGCCGCGUCGUCUGGAAUCGGCAGUCCCGAUGAACGACGAAAUGGGCGCGUAGAUCGGGGGACUCUGGAAACCUGCAUCGACGUGGCAGCGCUGUCUCUGUCUGUCGUUAUGGCGGGAACUGGACACUUGGGAACUUUUCGUCUUCUUCGUCACCUGCGGAAGCGUAUGGACACGGACGGAGCGAUCACCUACGGCAAUCACAUGGCUAUCGGGAUGGCGACUGGGUUCCUGUUCAUGGGAGGAGGCUCGCGAACCUUUGCCACGCACAAUUUGGCGAUUGCCGCGCUGCUGAUAUCUCUUUACCCGCGGUUCCCCCAGUCGCCGCCGGAUCACAGGUGCCAUUUGCAAGCGUUUCGUCAUCUGUACGUGUUGGCGACGCAGGAGAGAUGCGUAGAGACCGUGGAUGUGGACACUUGUCUGCCUGUCUACGCGCCGCUCGAGGUGAUGGUCAGAGAGUCGGCCGUGUACGGUGAGACCUCCUUCUGCCGUGUUACCCCGUGCAUCCUUCCGGAGCGCUCGCAGCUGAAGAGAGUGCGCAUUUGUGGUCCCAGGUACUGGCCUCAGACGCUCGAUGUGUCUCCGUCCGGGGAGCUUGCUGUUGGCGGGCUGGGUGGUGGGGUUGCCGGCGGGGGAAGCGGGCCGCUGGGCUCGCGCGUGAUCUACGUCAAGCGUAAGGUCGGCUCUCGGCCGUACGCCGAUGACCCGAUUGGCUGUCGAUCUCUCCUCUCUCGCGCACUGAUGGAAGGCGCGAGCUCUGGCGAGAGCGAUGAUCGUCAGCGAAGAGGAGGUGGAGGUGUUCCGCUUGGCGGGAAAGGGAUGGAAGGUCAGAAGCAGCUGGAGCUUGUCAGCACUUUCUCUGCUGACCCGUCAAUAAUUGCGUUUGCGCAGCUUUUCUGUUCGUCGUCCAGUUACACGGACGAUGGGAAAGGUGGUUGUGGGGGGGAGUUCGCCACCUUCUGUUCGCGUGCACUGCACGAGUGUGUGACAGGGGACAAACCGGCAUUCCUCCUCUCCUACCUCGGACUUUAUGCCGCCGUGCAGGAGCUCGUGGAAGUGGUAACCGGUCGAACCACGUGCUCCAGUCUUCACGGCUCGUACACUCUCCAGAUCUGGAACCUUAAGCAUGCGCUGGCAUACUGCCAGUCUGUUGGGAGAGGCGCUGGCCUUCUUGGAGUGGGUGCAGGGGGAGGAGGAGGAGGAGGAGGGGCAAUCACUUCUACUGUAUUCGGACGUGAAGAGCUACGCUUCGACGAGUCGUUGUUGCAAUGUAAUUUCGUCGAGGGACUGGCUAAACGUGUGGAGGAGAUUCUAGACUCGCUCAACUUCGAAGGACCAUCCCCGUUUUUCCUUACUGGAGGCGCAGGCGGGAAGGACAGUAGCAGCAUGAGCAGCGGGAGUUCGUCUUCUUCUCUGCUUCGGCCCCUUCUGCUCGAGUAUGCUACAUCUCGAAGCCUGGCCGCCGUUAAUCUCUCCCUGUAUCGUGGUGGGAUGGAGAUAGAUCUGCCUCCCAUUGCCCAAGGUUCGGAUAUAGCAAACACUCGAUCGCGGGUCUGUGCGCUCCUGGCAGGCUACCUCGUCUUCUUCGACAUCCCGAAAGCUAGCUUGCUUGCGCACUCGCUGGAAGAAAUGAAGGAAGUGAUGGGACAGCGAUGGUGGCAGCAGCACAUGCGUGCUGCUGUGUCUCGCGAGGAGGCAUCGUCCUCUGAUAUGCCAGCGGGAGAUUCUUCGCCGCUGCGGGGAAGCGGGCAUACUGGCGCGGCAUUAGCGUGCAGCUCGCGAGAAUAUGGCGGGAAGGGAGUAGCGGUGGAUGAAGGAGGCGGAGGGGGUAGAAUCCAAAGUGAUGAAGGCUCCGACGCUUUAUCUUGCUUGUUAUCAUCAGCUUCAUCGCGGGAUAGCCUCAGCUUGGCGGUAUUAGCCCUUCCUAUUUUGGCGAUGCUCCUCCCGGAGGCACCAACGUCCGCCCUACUACGCAUCAGCGCCUGUCUCUCACAGGCCUCUACGUAGGUUAGAGACGCACAGGUCGAAAGUACUACUCUGAUCGUGAAGCUUCCCGCUCGCUUCUCGUCUCUUGCUUUUCGUGUUUUGCUCUGCCACAGUCAGUCAAUCCCGAACUGUUGAAGAUCCCUCAACGUCUCCUCCCAAUUCAUGCAAUCAAUGGCUGAUGGCGAAGGCAAGAAGGUUGUAGGCCCGAGGACGAGUACACAUCAACCACCCAAUGAAGCAAUUGCUCGUUUUCUCGUGGCUAAGAUGAUUAUAUCCUGUGGAGAAGGCAGCGGAAGGUAGGGAUUGCUCGUAAGAGGGAGAGCGACAAAAGGUGUGUGGGUGAUGGUGUUGUGCUGGCGAUAAGGAGAACACAAUGUGUCACAUGAAGCGAAAGCGUGGUUGUAGGACAGAGCAUUGAUUCUGUAUAUCGAGAAGAGAAGGAAGAAUCACGGGCAGAAGGGGAACUGGCGAGAAGGGAGGACUGGGGAAUGGAUUGCGAAGGAAUGGCCAAGUGGAUGGAGAGAGAUGACUUUUUGGGUUAUCAAUUCGUUCACUGAGUUGGAUCGUCACAGAGCAUCUUUUGAUAACGAAAUUUGGUGCGGCUAAUGAAUGAUCUCUGGAAAC